AGUUCGUUCAUGUUCUUCUCCUUGUUCAUUUUGAUCCUUCUUGGAAAGUCUAAUCUUUUUCAGUUUUCCUUCAGCUUUAAAAGGAGCAAAAAAAACUGCUGUCUUGCUUUUAAAUGUUUCUUUUAACUUGUCAUCCACAAACCACCACCACCUUCUUCUUCUUCCUCUUCUUCUUCAUGAUCAUCAUCUAAUUAAUCACCCUUUAAUUAUCUUUCAUUUUCUUUCUUCUUGUAUUUUUACUAUGGCUUCCUAUCUCUACAACCUCAUCACAACAUUGCUUAUUCAUGUUGUUGAUGCUGUUAUUAAUAUUGUUAUUAUUCUUCACCAUGCAAGUGCUUCUGUAUUUAUUACUCUCCUUUCUUUCUCACCUUUUCACCUUCCACGCUUGUUGUAACUUCCUCCUUCUUGCUUCUUCUGUUGUGGUGCUUUCGAAUUUCAUGGACUGUUUUUGGUUUCCAGAGAGUGUUUUUCUUGUUUUUGGUCUGGUUUUUGUGGCCUUUUUGGCUGGUUUUCAGGUGGGUUUUUGUGAUGAAAGCGUCAAGUUUAUCACCUGGGAUGACAUGAGAGUUGAUAUUGAAAGAGGAGGGCUGAGUGUGGGAAUGGGAGAUAGUUUGAAUCACAGUAGAGUUCUUGUGGUUGACAAAAAUGGUGGAGGGCAUUCUGUAACAGUUCAAGGCGCCAUAGAUAUGGUCCCUGAGAACAAUCCACAAAGAGUCAAAAUCUACAUUCUUCCGGGAAUUUACAGGGAAAAAAUUACAGUGCCACAAUCUAAACCUUUUAUUUCCCUCAUUGGGAAUGACAGUGAUGUCUCUGAAACUGUAAUUACUUGGGGAGAUAAAGCAUCUGAUAAGGACAGUGAUGGCAAUGAAUUGGGCACAUAUAACUCAGCUUCAGUGACCAUUUUGUCAGAUUAUUUUUGUGCCACUGGGGUUACUUUUGAGAAUUCAGUGGUUGCAAUUCCUGGAGAAAAGGGAAUGCAGGCGGUGGCAUUGAGAAUUGGUGGUGAUAAAGCAAUGUUCUACAGAGUCAGAAUCCUGGGGACUCAGGAUACUCUCUUGGAUGACAUUGGAUCUCAUUACUUUUACCAAUGUCACAUUCAAGGCACUGUGGAUUUCAUUUUUGGGAGGGCAAGAUCUCUCUACCAGGUUCUUAAUUCUUUCCCAAGAUGCUUUCUUGGUCCAACAUUUUAUGUUUUUUUUAUGAUUCCAGGCCUUGGAAAAAUGGUGGUUGAAUCUGAAAAAACAAAUGUGCAGAAUUCUGUGAUUCAUUCCAUUGCCAAAAAUUCCGGGGCAAUUGCAGCCCACCACAGGGAUUCACCGGAUGAAGAGACAGGCUUCUCUUUUGUCAACUGUGUAAUCAAUGGAACUGGCAAAAUCUACCUGGGAAGAGCCUGGGGAAGCUAUGCAAGAAUAGUGUAUUCAUAUUCAUUCAUGGACGAUAUCAUAGUUCCCUCAGGAUGGACUGACUGGAACGUUCCUGACAGGCAAAAGACUGCUGUAUUUAGUGAAUACCAAUGUUGGGGAAAGGGCGCUGAUACAAGCCAGAGGGUGCCCUGGUUGAAGUCUUUCAGCUUUGAGGAAGCACAGCCUUAUCUGAACAUGACAUUCAUAGAUGGAAAUCAGUGGCUAAGACUAUAGUGUUCAUCUUCUUCUUCCUGUUAUUCUUUUAACCUUCUCAAUUCUUUCUUAUCCUCAGCUUAUUUUAAAGCUAAAAAUAGGCUUCGAAAGUUUGGAUAGAUACUUUUUAUAUGUUAUAGGAGUAAAAAAAUCAGCAUUGUGGGGGUGCGGUUAAACUGUACUUAACAGCCAAUAUAAUCAAAUGCAUUCAUGUUCUCUUUGAACUUGGACAUUUGCCUUGAGUUUGAGUUUGACCUUGACGUGUACAUGUCCA